CUCAGGGGCCCCAGACCACACUCAAUGUCGACAUUCAGUCUCCUGGCCUAUUGGGGCAAAACAGUUUAUCCUCAAACACUACAAAUUGAUUGUGUCAAAUUAUGAUCUUUUGAGGAAAUUUUAGAAUCACCUUUAUUUUAGAAGAACAAAUUAAAGAGAAGAAAUAGACACUGUUUCUCAGACUGCUCUUCACAGUCUUUCUGGUGCUUGUUUACGGGGAAAGCGAUGGCAUCAGUACCUUCCAUUGGUUGCCUUCUGGCCAAAAAUCAGUAUUAUCGAAAGGCCAGUAUUUCUUCAGUUAGCUCUGACUCUGUUAAUUUCACAGACGAGGACAAAUCCCUGCAAGGGUUACCUGAAGUGGCAGAACCCAACUGGUGGUUUAAAUCCUUCUUUUAUUCUGAACCUGUACUUCCAAAUGUAAUAAGAAAAGAUUUGUCUGCUAGUGGCACCAAUUGUUGAUUGUGACAAAGUGACUCUACCUGCUGAGGUGCCACAAAUGUGAAUAAUACCCUCCAGCAUGCAGGCUGUUCCAGAUGACUCUUCUCCAUUGUAAAAAGACAAAAAACCUGCCUGAGAUCUCAGCAGCCACCUUUAAAAUUCAGGCAUUUUCUUCACUAUUAAAAUCAUUACUAUAAGUGUCAUCAGCUUCAUGGAAAAUAUUAGAAAAGCGUGGUUUUAGAAACAUGUGUCCUUGUAAAGUAAUGAGUAUUCAAAUGCAGUAGACUUUUUAUUAUCCAUGUUAUAUUUUCAAAACAAAGAAAAAUAAUUUUUUAAUUUUCAAAAAAUUCAUUGGACUCUCUUUAUGUUUGUUGAAUGAUUUAUUGCAUUAUACCUUAAAACCAAAGCAUUAACAUGAAACAAUGGUUUAGAGGUCAUUGGAUUCAAACAUGUAGAAGAGGUACAAAACAUUUUUUUUAAAUAAUGAACAUUGGAAAUAGCAAACAUACCCAUAAGUGCAUUACUUGUUAAUUACAUUACUGCACAUUUUAACCAACUGGCUAUUGUGUAGAUUAUUAAAUUUAUAAUUUUAACAAUAUUUCACAACACAGAAAAUUAAUGGUACAAUGUCAAGUGAAAAAAGUAGGAUAAUCUAUACAUGGUAUGAUUUUAGUUGUGUUAAAAAGAUAUAUAUGCCUAAUAUUGAAAGACAAUGUUAACAAAAUAUGAACAGUGGCUAUUUUUGGAGAUAAAAUUAUGGGUGGUUUGCAUUUUCUCCUUUAUAUUUUUCUGUAUCUUCUCAAAUUUUCUAAUACCACCAGUUUUGUGUAUAAUUAGAAAAUAAUAAAAUGUAUUUAAAAAGA